UACUGAGUUUGCAGAGAUUGUGGUACCACGGUGAAAGGCCGUUAAUGUGCUUAGGUUUUUCUUUGCUUCCGGUCAAAUCAUGAAGCUUACAGACAGCAAUGUCAUUCGGUUCCACCUUCAAGUCCUUUAUGGGAUCUCUAUCAAGAGUCUUGAGAAGAAAAGGGAGAGACUGAUGAUCAGCGGUUCAAAGAUCUUUGGUGUUCCUCUGGAAAAUUUGCCCAGGUGUUACAUUCCUGAAUUUGGGCUUGUACCUUGCUUUUUGGUGGACGCUUGUUCUUUCCUUCUGGAGCGUGGUGGGACUGUGGGCCUUUUCAGAAAACCAGGCUGUCUUGCUCGUAUUAAGACUCUCAGGGCCAAACUGAAUCGAGGAGAGAGUUGUCUGUCCACUGCCCUCCCCUAUGAUGUGGCCACUCUGAUCAAACAGUUUUGCAGGGAGCUGCCAGAGCCGCUGUUUCCCUCGGAGCUUCAUGCAGCUAUGCUCAAAGCUCAGUCUCUGCCCAACCUACAGGACAGGAUGGCAGCCCUCCAGCUGCUGUCCUGUCUCCUUCCUGCAAGAAACGCCUCCUGUUUGCAUUACAUGUUCGACUACUUGGCAAAAGUUUCCCAGCGAUGCAGCGAGAACUUGAUGACCAGCUCCAACCUGGCUAUAGUCUUCGCUCCAUGUCUAUUACCCCCACCAAACACUACAGAGAUGUCUGAAGGACGGCUUGAGCUCAGAGUUCUUGUUCUGCGCACCUUCAUUGAAAAUCCUCAUUUAUUUGGUGUGAUUCCCAAAACUGUAAUCGAUAGUAUGGAAUAUCUGAUGAACUUCCAUUUUGUGAAAGAUGUUUGCUCCAAAAGUAGAAGUAAAAAGCGGCACAGUUUCAAAGGAAUGCGCUCUGUAAAGACGGUGCCCUUGAUUCAGGGAGGGUCAAAGCUCAGGCCACCAGAGCAGAGCCACGGGUCCACAUCAGGAGACAGACCAACGCUGAGGAGAAGCCUUGGUCUGGAUUCUUUCCCCAACAUCCUUUUGUUCAGGACCUACAUGCCUUCAGCAGAUCAAAGCUUCAGGCCUGCAGCAGCUUUGUUGGAUGAUGUCAUUGCAGCUGAAAAAAAGUUAAACAAGAUGCCACAAGAUGGUCUAAAAAGGUUCACCAGAGGUGUCGAUGGCUCUCCUGCAGGAAAACUAAAGCUCAUGCUUUGGAGAAGACAAACGAAUAAUGCGCAGAACGCUGGUGAAUCAACUUGGGACAGAGUGAAUUUAGACGAAAAUCUGUGUUUGGCUUUUUGUUCCUCCGCGUUUGUAAAGCUUUAUUUUGAAGAUCCGGAAAUGUGCGUUUUCUUUGUGGACGACUUGACGGAGGUCUCCCUCAGCAGGUCUCCCUCCUUAAACGCAAACAAGAUAACGAAAAUGGGCUCGGCGGUGCGGUUAUCGUUACUCAGCCUCCUGCUGUGCCUACAGCUCGGCAGAGCUCCAGCCCGCAGUCCCCGUACGGCUGACCAGGUGUCUGAGGCCGACAUCCAGCGCCUCCUGCACGGUGUCAUGGAGCAGCUCGGCAUUGCUCGGCCCAGGGUGGAGUAUCCUGCACACCAGGCUACCAACAUUGUUGGGCCUCAGAGCAUACAGGGUGGUGCCCAUGAGGGACUGCAGCAUCUAGGCCCCUAUGGAAACAUCCCCAACAUUGUGGCAGAGCUCACAGGGGACAAUGUUCCCAAAGAUUUCAGUGAUGACCACAGCUACCCAGACCCACCAAACCCCUGUCCCCUGGGAAAGACAGCAGAUGGAUGUUUGGAAAAUGCUCCUGACACAGCUGAGUUCAGCAGAGAGUUUCAAAAACACCAGCACCUGUUUGACCCAGAACAUGAUUACCCUGCCCUGGCAAAGUGGAACAAGGAACUUUUGUACCAAAAACUGAAGGGUGGACCAAAGAGAAGAAAACGGAGUGUCAACCCAUAUUUAUUGGGCCAGAGGUUGGACAAUGUCGUUGCCAAAAAAUCAGUUCCUCACUUCUCAGAGGAAGAGGAGGAAGACGGACCUUCUGUCCCCGCUGCCAGCAAAUCCACAACCUAAACUCCUGCAAUACCCACUGCAAUAUUACAACAUACUGUCAGAUAAAAGGUUUUAAUAAUUUAAGCAUUUUGGUUAACAGUCAGUGGGUCUUUGUGUGUGUUUUGUAAAUGCUUUGUUUGAUUGUAUUGCAAAAACAUGGGAUCUGUCAAGUUGUCUUUUGGUUUUAAAAAAAAUUUUAUUUCUUGAUCUCAGAGCUUUGCAAACAGCAAUUACAAUGGACCUUGUUCUUUUCUUUUUUUAAAGAUUGAAAAGCUAUUUUUGGUUGGUAGUUUGAAAUCUUGCCUUGGCAAUAAAAUAGGUUUUCCCUGAAACAACUCUGUCUCUUAGCAGAAAUACUCACAAGUGAGAUAUAGGAAUGAAAAAAGAUCAGCCUGCCAUGAUAUCUGUCAUACUGUAUUUAUUAAAACACUGAAGAUCUGGGCUCUUUAUAGGGGGAAAAGGAGAUCUCAGUUCAUUUAUACCAACUGUUUGCUUCUUUUCUUAUUUUUAAGAGAUGUAACACACUACCACAUUGCCAGAGAAUUAACCCUAAAUCAACCCCAAAAUAAUAGAAUAUAUGCUGGUAAAUACUGAUCUGACAGUGUACAGUAUAUCUAUCCCUCUAUCAUAACAAUACUUUGUAUAAAUAUAUAUUGAUCUGAACGAAUGUUAUAUCAAAGUUUUUCUUGGAUGUACAGAGAUUGGUUUAUUAAUACAAAUUCAUUUUGUAUGUGACGAAUUACUUUGGUGUCUUGUGUAAGAAGUGUAUUUCUAUUUCCAAUCAAAUACUUGCCAGUAACUCUGGUAAAAGUCUUACUUUGCCAUUCAAAGGAUGAUGGUGCAAUACUUCACUAUAGCAUGUUCAGUAUUUAUUCACUGGGUUGCUUCAUCUUGUCUAAAUGGUUGUGUUCUGUUAAAUCAAAUAAACGGUUUAUCUGCAUCAACAAA